AGCGCCUUACAAGUGCGGACACUUUUUAGCGCCGACCCGACGUCCAUAUAAUUUCUAAAGUUACAAAUAUACUUUACUACGUACUCACUGAAAUGGCAACAGCACAACAGAUACAGCAAGAUAUACAAAACGAGCUAGCAACGUCUAACCAACUCCUGCGAUUGAUUUCCCUGGAACUACAAAAAAUUAAACAAAUCACAAGACGAGGAGGAGAAUUCGAUACAACUCUUGAUCAGAAUGAAUCACUUAUGAAAACCCUAGCCAGUAUGCAGCAAAUUGACUUAGAGAACCUUCCGCCGGUACCUCGAAUGCACAUAGACUUAAACAACAGCAAUAGUAACCAGAAUCUGUCAUAUGAACAACAUGAGACUUUUAGAGAGGACUCUAAUAUGGACGAUAGUCAGUGACAUGUGUAUAGAAGUUUUUUAUAUAAUUUUUCAAUUCUUGGAUCGACAAAUUCAUUUAUUUCAACUUACAUUCUAGUGGAGUCUUUUUCUACCUUAACAUUCCCUUCACAAUUUCCGACAUGUAUCAGUAGAGCUCCUUGUGAAAGAGUUCGUCCUAAAAGAGCUGCCAUCUUACCUACUUCUGCCGCCAAGCAGUAUGACCGUUACCGCGUUCCGGUUUUGUAGGGUAAGGGUGCUGGUGAAAGUACAGGCACAUAGAACUUGUCUACUUUAUGUCUUAAGGUGACGGGCGCAGUGGCAGUGCUCCUCAGACUUCUGAUUAGUACUGUAAUUGUUAUAAGGCCUGUUGCUUACCAAUAGGCGCACGACUUGUUAGCCCCGUCACGUGACAUGAAAAUAAUAGUAUAAACAAUAAACUUCGUUUUCUUUUUACUUAUGUGCAGUCCGCCGACCCUACAAUAUUGAUCUGAGUAUGUAAAAAUAAACUAAUCCUUCAAAUAAAAUUGCAUUUAGAAAUGCGAAAAGUCGUGUCAGCCAUCAUGUAUUCAGAUAUAAAUGCUAUUUCCAUAAGGAUUACCAAAAAUAUAUAUUUUUUUUAAAUUCUUGACAACCAUCCUGAAUUUAGAAAUUAAUGCCACAUUCUCAAUGAGCACUGCGAAACAACUCGAAACGUCUAUAAUUCUCGUUGUUGAUCGACAAUGUCGUAGGCACCUUUAGAAUCCGUUCAUUACAGUCAAUUCGGGUAACUUUGAACAUUUUUUGCGUUUUUCUAACAAUUACUUUAUUAACUGAAUAGU